AUGUUGGCCGUUGCAAUCCCGGCCAUCACCGAUGAACUUUUCGGCACGACCUUGACCGCGUUUUGGGCCAACAUCUCCUUCACAGUAGCAGUCGUGGUUAUCCAGCCCAUCUAUAUCAGUUUCUCAGAUAUCUGCGGUCGUAAGAUCCCUCUUUACGCGGCUUUUGCCCUUUUCGGUAUUGGAUCGAUUGUCUUUGCCGUCGCGAAAAACAUGGCAGUUCUGAUUGUGGGACGUGUUCUACAAGGACUGGGCGGAGGCGGACUCGACGUCCGAGGUGAGGUCAUUGUCGCCGAUAUCACUACUCUGCAAGAGAGGGCUGUGUAUAUUGGGUUACUGUCGCUUCCAAUGGCGACAGGGUGCAUCGCGGGUCCUAUUCUCGGUGCAGUCUUUAUCGGCAUUGCCCUCUUCCUGGCUAUUUUCUUUAUGCGCCUAAGACCAAUUGACCAGUCCCUUCGCUCCCAGCUUGGGCGUAUCGACUGGCUUGGAAUGCCACUAUUUACGGCCGAUUGUGUUCUGUUCGCCCUACCACUCAGUUGGGCUGGGAAUAUGUACACCUGGGGAUCGUUUCGAACGAUUGUUCCGCUUAUCAUUGGUGUUUUGAUUUUGGUGGGAUUUGCAUUUUACGAGGGUUAUCAGACCGACGCUGUCUUCCGCUACCGUUCCAGAACGGCACAAAUGUCUCUGCUUGGAAGCUUCAUCCAUGGCUUCAUCUCAAUCUUACCAUUCUGCUGUGUGGUAUUUGUCUUUACCGGAAUUGCCGCCUUCGCCGUUGACUUCUUUCGGAGAUACAUAUGGGAGAUUUGGGCUGGAUGGGUUUUCCUCGCCGUUGGCUGUGGUAUCUUCUCACUGUGGGAUCGAUCUUCUUCAGUAGCCAUGACUGCUGGCUUCCAGGUGAUUGCGGGGAUCGGCAUUGGCACAAUCUUCAGCGUCCCUCCCAUCCCAAUGCAAGCCAGCGCUGCACCCGAUGACCAGGGUCUCGCAAUGGGAAUAAUGGUCGCGUUCAGGCUAUUCGGUGCUCUUAUUGGUCUUGCAGUUGAUGCCACUACAUUCAGCAGUGUCUUCGCCAACAGGAUUAGCGGUAUCGAUUUACCUGCUUCUUUGGCAUUGUUGAAAGACCCAGUGAGGCCGUAA